CCCGGAGCACGGAGUGUGAUCGUUUGCUAAACCGAAGCAGAAGCCGUUGAGUCAGCGGUUGUCCGGUUGGAAAGAGCCCACACCUGUGUUUUGCGGCACUUUGGGAGGAAAUUGGAUGCGAAAAUGAAGCCAGACCGAGGAUCAAGCAUUCCUGUGUCAGACGUGACGAACAGUCUCUGUGAAGACAUGAGCCGCUGAGGAAAAGAUGGACUUACGGAGUAGGUGGUUAAAGUCAGAUUGGAGGAGGACCCGUUCUUAGUGUUUGGUGUGUGCCAGAAAGAAGUUGUCAAGAGUAGCACUUGUGAGUGGCCACAGGCCUAGAGUCCUUUUUAGUUGCCGUUCCUCAUUUCUUUUCAGACGCCUUGGAUGAGUAUUUUGAAUAUGACGCAGAGGAGUUCUUGGUCUCUUUGGCCUUGCUGAUAACGGAAGGACGAACACCUGAGUGCUCUGUGAAAGGCCGUGCAGAGAGUUUCCACUGUCCUCCAGCGCAGUCUCGUUUCCCAGGAGCGGCCAGACAUGAAUGCAGUGACAAGCUGGCCCAGUGUCGCCAAGCCAGACGAACCAGAUCUGAGGUCACGCUGUUGUGGAAGAAUAAUCUUCCAAUCAUGGUGGAGGUGAUGCUCCUACCAGAUUGCUGCUACAGCGAGGAGGGACCUGGCACAGAGGCCACAGAUCUGAAUGACCCCGCCAUUAAGCAAGAUGCGCUGUUGCUAGAGAGGUGGAUCUUGGAGCCAGUUCCCCGACAGAGUGGUGAUCGCGUCAUCGAAGAGAAGGCACUUCUGCUGGCUGUCCGGUCAUUUGUGUUUUUUUCUCAGUUAAGUGCUUGGCUGAGUGUUUCUCAUGGUGCUAUUCCACGAAAUAUUCUUUACAGAAUCAGUGCUGCUGAUGUCGACUUGCAGUGGAGUUUUUCACAGACUCCAACUGAGCAUGUGUUUCCUGUUCCCAACGUCUCUCACAACGUGGCCUUGAAAGUCAGCGUUCAGUCCUUACCCAGACAAGCUCAUUACCCGGUUUUGACCUGUAGUAUUCAUACCAACAUUGGUCUAUAUGAGAAGAGAAUUCAAGAACAGGAGCUCAGAGCCUAUCAGCAUCGUGGCCCUGGUGAAGCUGAGCACCGUUGUCCCAGCAGCUCACAGAACCUAUGCAGCAAGCAGACGUGGACCAUGGCACCCGUGAGUGCCCUGCAUGUUAGAAGUGGCAUGCCCCCCGAGUACACUGCAGCCAUUAGAAAUGUCAGGCUCUGCCCAGGCCCAGGCAGCAAGUCUGACCACCGGACAUCUCAAGCCAGUGUCCUGGGCUUCAACGGCCCCGGAGAAGUAAAGUCACAGGAGACAUCAGUGAGAACUUUAAAAUCACUCUCGGUGAUCGAUUCGAGUGUCCCCAGCUGUCAGAGCUCCCGGCAGUCAGUGGGAGAGCCUAACCCUCUAAUCGACUCCCUGAUUCAGGACCGACAAGAAGUCAUUGCCAGGAUUGCUCAGCACUUGAUUCACUGUGACCCCAGCUCCUCUCGCAUGUCUGAGCUCCCCUUUAACACCCAGGAGUCCCCUUCACUUAGCUCAAAGUUUCGUCCAGUUUCACCAGAAAGCGAGAGUGUGAGAAGGUGCAAAGAAGCAUUCGCGGCCUCUUUUGGGAGUCCAGAAGACAGCAGUGAGGGGAAAGCUAUAGGGAAGUCAGAAGCUAGGCAAGGCGAAACCUGCCCCUCUCACAGUCCUUACCCGCGGCAGCCUGCUGGGGAGGCAAACCCGCUGAUCGGCUCUUUGCUCCAGGAGCGGCAGGACGUCAUAGCCAGGAUUGCACAGCAUUUGGAGCACAUUGACCCUACAGCCCACAUUCCCCGGCCUGCAUUCAGCAAGCACGACUCCAAUUCCAUUCCUUCUAAAGUGUUCAGGAGUUCAUAUGAUGACAAAACCUUGUUGAAGAAGAGCAGAGAUAGUGGCUCUGUCUCUGCUUCUCAUACAGAAGUGUCCUUAUUGGGAGACAGAGGUGAUGGGAAAAGCCCCAAACCUAGCCAAUGCUUCCGUUCUUUCAAGUACAGUCCUCAAGAAAAGUCUCAGAAACGUGAAGUAAGAGCUCAGCGUCAGACCCAUCCAGAUGACAUCACCGACAGCACCAGGCAGGAGAGGCAGAACAAGGCUGCUGGCUUACUAACUUCCUCUAAUGAAUCUCCCUGCAAUGAGAGCAGCUUGGGUCUGAUUCACAGAUUGGAAAGUACACCUUGUAAAUCACAACCCAAGGAGCAAGAAAUGAGCCAUGAAACGGAGAAGCAGUGUUCACAUUGCAGCAGUAUCGACAAACAGAUUUGCACAAGUAAAUAUACAGAGAAAAUAAAAGAUGAGAAUUAUGACACAGGAUCUCUCAGUCACCUCCAGUGUAAUGACUCAAAAGGUACUGACUCAAAAAUAAAAGUUACUAUGUUGGAAGUGUCUGACUAUUUGAACAAGUAUAAAGCUAAUUGUUCAAAUAAAGACUCCAAAAGAUCAAAGAUCUGUGAGCAAAACAGUCAGCUUGGCACAGAAAAUGAUCUCAGUGAAGAUACUGAGGGUCCCAAAUGCACAUCAGACCAACUGAAAACUGAGCAGGGGGAAAAAGAAGACGCGGUUGGUGAAAAACUGAGUGUAAAGCACUGUUUGUCUACAGGCGAGAGACUGAAAAGCGCAGACAUGUUGAGGGAUACACUGAAACACUCAAGCGCCUGGAGAAAACAUAAUUUUCAUUCCUUGGACGGGACGUCAACUAGAGCCUUUCACCCUCAGACAGGGCUGCCUCUCCUCUCAAGUCCCGUUCCUCAAAGGAAAACCCAGUCGGGUUGCUUUGAUCUGGACACAUCGCUGCUGCAUCCGAGAAGCCUGUCCUCCAGAAGCUCUCGACCAUGUCUGAACAUUGAAGAGGAUCCGGAUGUUCAUGAAAAACCUUUUCUGAGUUCGAGUGCUCCACCAAUCACAAGUCUUAGUCUUCUAGGAAACUUUGAGGAAUCUGUUCUGAAUUACCGUUUAGACCCCCUCGGCAUAGUUGAUGGCUUUACUGCCGAGGUAGGAGCGAGUGGUACUUUCUGCCCCACACACUUGACUCUGCCCGUGGAAGUGUCAUUCUACAGUGUUUCGGAUGAUAACGCUCCCUCGCCUUAUAUGGGUGUGAUUACUUUAGAGUCCCUUGGUAAAAGGGGUUAUCGAGUGCCUCCUUCAGGAACGAUACAAGUGACCUUAUUCAAUCCUAAUAAGACUGUGGUGAAGAUGUUUGUUGUCAUGUAUGACCUACGAGGCAUGCCAGCCAAUCACCAGACAUUCCUGCGACAGAGGACGUUUUCUGUUCCUGUUAAACAAGACAUGAAGAGAAGUAUUAACAAAGAGAACGUCCAGCACACAGCACAGUUACUACGCUACCUCAUACACCUGAGGUUCCAGAGUUCUAGGUCUGGAAAGAUCUACCUCCACAGGGAUGUACGGCUCCUGUUCUCUAGAAAGUCCAUGGAGGUUGAUAGCGGUGCUGCGUAUGAACUCAAAUCGUACACUGAAUCGCCAACAAACCCUCAGUUUUCACCAAGAUGCUGAUGAGGUGGACAGCUUAAAAGUAUUUGCUCAGUACCCAAGCUUGAACAUGAGCAUUCACAGAAUGGAAUACAUCGAAUGAGAGCCAAGGGCGUGGCCCUCCUCUGUCCUGGACCAGAUUUUAUUAAAGGACCCUCAAGUGAGAUCCGUGACUCCAAGUGGACUGGAAGCACCCGUGUCCUCACCCUUUUUGUACUGUUGAAACCACUUCAUUGAACAGUUGAAUAGCAAAAUCCCCAGUUAGAUUAGUGUUUACACAUUUUAUUUCUGUUAUUUAAUAUUUAAUGUUUUCCUUAAUACUCAAGUGAUGUUUGUCUCUAGUGUUCUGAUGUAGCACAAUCCUAUGUAAAAUCAUACUAUGUAUUUUUGACAUUAAUGUUGAAAUCUGAAAUAUAUGCACAAGUCUUUAA